UCAUUUUGGCCGACAAUAGAAAGGGUUCAGAAAGCAACCGGAGCUCAAUCACCCACCGUCUGUCCGAAAAAGGAAACGAACCCGUUUUACCUCUCCACCGUUUCUUCCUCUUCUCCGCCGGUUUCCCGCCGAUCACUUUUUGGCGACCGGUGAUCCAGAUCUGCUCUCUUUCUCUUCACCGUAAACCGUGAAGGUAAUGGUGGAAAGCUUGCCGUCUCUCCGUUCCUGAUCUGGAUUCACUCGGUACGUUCCCAUUUUCUUCCUCGAUCGUAUCUCUUUCCGAAGUCGUUAGUUUGAAUCUAGAUAGGUUCCGCCAUGAACUCAAAUUACGGGAAAGGUUCAUCUGGGUCGAUGAAUUCCUUCAAUUUCGAUCUGGGUCUUGGAUCGAAUCGCUCUAAACCCUUGAACGAGCAGAGGAAUCAGAGCUCCUCCGGUUACUCUUCGUAUUCGUAUUCAUCCACGACUGGGUCGCAACCGAGGCCUGCUUUCCAACCGGGGAAGCCGUCAUGGACUCACCAACCUGCUGCGGCGGCGAGUCAGCCAGCUCGCGCUGGGUUAGAGGGGCCGAAUUCGAUGGUUGGAGAUAUAUUUGGCAAGACCUGGGGAUCCACGGGUUCAGCUGCUAAGAGCUCCGGGAUAGGGAUUGGGAUUGCAGAGAAGAACCCUAAUUUGUUUGGCGAUCUGGUGAGUUCUGCUUUGGGGCAGGGGAAUAAGAGUGGAAGCAAUGCCCCUUUGAAGAAUGUGACUCCGGCGCCAAGUAAUAGCGCUUAUUCCAUGGGAAACAUGGCGGAUUCAUUGCCUAAGGUUAGUGGUAACUCGGUCCAAAGUGGUGCAGGUUGGGGAUAUAAUAGGAAUGUUAGCACUGCCAGUGCUGGUAAUGUGGGAGUGAAUGGUAAUAAGAGUACGAAUCUUGGUGGUUCUUCCAUGAAAGGAAUGGCGGCUGGAGGUGGUGGAGUGAUGGGGGUAAACAAGGAUCCGUUCGUUUCUCUAGUUGAUUUCUCGAAGCCUUCACAAUCUGGUGGUGGCCUUAACUCUGCCCCGCAAGGUAAUAGUAAACCUAGUUCUAAUGUCAAUGAUCCAUUUGGUGAUCUCCAAAAUGCUUCAAAACCAAACUCAACUCCAGCUCCUUCUAGUGGGUUUGGUGCAAAAGAUCCAUUUGGGGAAUUCCAGAACGCUUCAAAACCAAGCUCAACUCCAGCUCCUUCUGUUGGGUUUGGUGCAAAAGAUUCGUUUGGGGGUUUCCAGAAUGCCUCAAAACCAAGCUCAACUUCAGUUCCUUCUAGUGGAUUUGACUUUGGAAUGCCGAGCAAUGACUUUGGCGCUCAGAAACAGACACAGUCGUCAGUUCCGGCUGCAAGUAGUGAUCCACUUGGGAUGUUCUUCAACUCUUCAGCAGGAAGUGCUGCACCAGCAUCUUCAGCAGGUGCAGGGCAGCAAUUCUCGGAACUUGAUGACUGGGGGGCGGAUUCAGGUUUUGAUGGUGCAGAUGGUCCCACUACUACCGAGCUCGAAGGGCUUCCUCCACCUCCUGCGGGGGUUUCAGCUUCUGCUGCAAAGAACAAGGGUGUGGACCAUCAAAAGCAAGGGCAGUAUGCUGAUGCCAUUAAGUGGUUGUCGUGGGCUGUGGUGCUUCUUGAAAAAUCUAAAGAUAAAGCUUUAUCUGCUGAAGUUCUGUCGACUAGAGCCUCGUGUUAUAAGGAAGUUGGAGAGUACAAGAAGGCCGUUGCCGACUGCUCAAAGGUGCUCGAAGGAGAUGAAACCAACGUAACUGUGUUAGUCCAGCGAGCACUCCUAUACGAGAGUAUGGAGAAGUACAGGCUCGGAGCUGAGGAUCUGAGGGCCGUUCUUAAGAUCGAUCCACUUAACCGGAUCGCGCGGAGUACUGUCCACCGCCUGUCCAAAAUGGCAGACUAGAGAAAAAGUACGCCCUUACUACAUUGUAUUCUAGCUUCUCUUUUCAUAUUGAUACACUUAAUGCCCCCUCUGUAUGAAAUCUGUGGGGGAAAGGGAACUUUUUUCCGCCUGAAUGUCUGUAUUACCAUUGUGGAUUUUUGCAUGUAUUCAUUGUUUUCAUUCUCGUUUUCUGUUUGCCUUUGAGACACAAGAAUUCAUCUUCAUCCAAUACUCAUUUUUUUUCCAUAGGAGAUUAAUUCCAUAAUCAAGGCUUUUCUGUUUG